UGUCAGCAAGGAUUGGAACGGCGGAUUGAAAACCCCAAACUUCACCCAUUUCUCUUGCCCCAUCUGAGACCAGAGCCAAACCUGAUGAUGCCCUAGAGAACGGGAAUGUUCGAGGCCCCAACAUCGUUGCUCCUGAGAAGACUUCUUUCUGCUGCUGGCCCGAAAGCAUCCAAGACAAAAAGGAUAAGACAGCUGUCCUAGGAACCAAGAGGACGUGUCACUAAAGCAUCAUGAUCUACCCAGACCCCAGAGCAUCAGCUGGACCAGCCCAUCGCACUGAGACCUAUGAGGCCAAGUGUGAGCGUCGACAAGAGACCAGAGAGAGCCGUCGCCGCCGCCUCAAUGUGACCACGUGUCGUCAAAUGAGGAGGACCAAAAGAAGGCCUCCCAACGAGCAGACCCAGAGCCCUCGUCAACAACAAUUUCUUAAGAGAAGGAACUUGGAGGUGGAAGAAGAGAAGGUGAAAGGCUCAUUAUCUGAGACCCAGGGGCUCUUAAGACAAGAAAGCCAAGAAGAUGACAUCGACUUUCCCAUCUGCUGCUAUGGCAUGGCGUCAUCAUUGGAACAACAGGAAUUUGAGACCAGCACCAAGGUCUUUUCAAUCCAACACCAUCCUGCCCCAGGAAACCACAAAGAUUCUUCUGAUCAUCCUUCUACUAGCAAAGUCUUACCAGUAGAGGUGCUAGUCAAAAAGCCACUCACAAUCCAUCAAGGUACACAGACACAGUCAUUAGGAGUACAACUGACCAUUAAAAAUGAUGCCAGCCAGCAAACCAAUUGUGGAAUUGCAGUCCUGGAUAAGGAAAUUAUCCAGCUUUCUGACUACCUCAAAGAAGCCCUACAGAGGGAGUUGGUUCUGAAGCACAAGAUGGUGGUUCUCCAAGAGCUCUUGUCUACACUGCUUCAAGCUUCGGACAGGUCCUGGAAGGGACAGCUGAAUGAGGACAAGCUGAAGUGCAAACUGAGAUCCCUGGAAAACCAGCUGCACACUUGUACUCAGAAAUACUCCAGAGAAGGUAUAAGAAAGGUCCUCCUGGAAAUGGAGGACCAGAAGCAGAGCUAUGAGCAAAAGGCAAAGGAGAGCCUGCAGAAACUGCUGGAGGAGAAAACAGCUGCAGAGCAGCAGCUGGAGAACACUCAGAGGUCCCUGGCCAUGGCAGAACUCAAGUGUGAGCAGUGGAGGCAACAGUACGAGACGCUAAAGGAAGACUGGAGAGACCUAGGGGAGAGGCACAAUGAGCUGGAGAGUCAGCUCUGUGUUCUACAGUCCAAAUUGCAGGGAGCAAACAGCAGAGAUUUUCAGCUAAACCAGGCCCUGCAUCUUCUGGAGAGUGAGCACCAGGACCUCCAGAGGCAGAUUGACCGCCUGCAAGGGGACAGAGAACUGGGCUGUUCUAACAUCAGUGACCUGCAAGAUCAACUACAAAGAUCAGAAGAGGAAAAGCUUGCCCUGAAGGCUACAGUCGAGCACUUGCAGAGUCUUCUCCAGAACCAAUCCAUCCAGCUUCACACCCAAGAGGAAUUUAUGACAAAGAAAGGUCAGACUUGUUCUACGUGGAGUUCAGCCCCCACCCAUCUGGAAGAGAAGUCCAAGGGUCCAGGGGAAGAAAGAGAAAAUAAUCUCAGGGACCAGCUGCAAGAAAGGACUUUGCAGCUCCAAGCCAAAGAGAAGGAGUGUGGAGAGUUACAUUCGGAGCUGGACAGCCUGAGCGAUGAGUACCUCUCCUGCCUGAGGAAGCUACAGCAAUGCCGGGAGGAGCUGAACCGGGGCCAACAGCCACCUCACAGAAGACAAUGUGGCUACUGGCUCCCUGUGCUAAUAGUAGUGAUUGCUACAGUGCUGGCAGCCUUUCUGGCCAACAUGGAUAGCCGAGUGAUCUGAAUGCCCUACAACAGCUGGAAAGGAGAAAUGCCUUGAGAGGAGAAGCAGUGAAGUGGCUGAAGAUUCAAAGAGGGCCUUUUAUUUUGUUCCUUUUCAUGCUUCUGGGGAA